AGGUUUUCUGAGUAUUCUAUCGGCUGCGUUUCAAUGGGUAAGGGAACCGGAAGUUUUGGUAAGAGGAGGAACAAGACUCACACUCUCUGUAUCAGGUGUGGCCGCCGCAGUUUCCACCUCCAGAAAAGUCGAUGCUCAGCAUGCGCUUACCCCGCUGCUCGUGUCAGGAAAUAUAACUGGAGUGUUAAGGCAAUUCGCAGAAAGACCACUGGAACUGGUAGGAUGAGGUAUUUGCGUCAUGUUCCUCGCCGAUUCAAGAGUGGCUUCAGAGAGGGAACUGAAGCUGCACCUAGGAAGAAGGGAGGAGCUGCAACUGCUUAAGCUUUGAAAAAGUUGUUGUUUUGCUGGGUACGGAGUUUAUAGAAUUAGCAAUUUUUUUUGUAUUUUUGAUAGGGGCAAGUCUUUUAGAACUAUUGUUUUUGCAGCCUCAUUGCUUUGGUCUUAUUUUCUAUUUAAUCUGUACCUUUUUUUAUAUUUCGAUAUGAUGAUUAUAAAACUAUUUGAUUGUUCAGUUGGAUUGUGUUGCAUUAGUACUUUUGGUUUUAGAUGCUACUAUUUCAGACAUUUGUCUUGAAGUUUUGCCAUAACGUUAUUACUAA